AUGAAGCUCGCCGCCCUUACUGUCGUUUUCGGUGUUGCAAAAGCAACUUACCCUGCUUCGGCGUACAACGCCGCUCCAAGUGGCCAUCCGUGGAUAGCCCCUGGGAAGAAUGACUUUCGUGGCCCUUGUCCCAUGUUAAAUACUCUAGCGAACCACGGCUUCCUACCUCAUGAUGGUAGAAAUAUCACCCAAGAAACGACCAUUAACGCCCUGUCCUCAGCCCUCAACUUCAAUACCUCUCUUGCUACGGUCAUGUUUCAAAUGGCAACGAUUGCAAACCCAGAGCCCAACGCCACAUUCUUCACUCUUGACCAGCUAAAUGUACACAACGUGUUGGAGCACGACGCGAGUCUGACCCGUACUGAUGCCUACUUCGGAAAUAAUCACAUCUUCAACGAGACUAUUUUCGAAGAGACACAAAAAUACUGGACCGGCCCGGUCCUCGAUGCCAACAUGUUAGCCAACAGCAAAAUAGCCCGCCAGGUGACUUCCAAGGCAUUCAACCCCAACUACACAUUCACCGCAACAAUGAACGAUUUCAGUCUCGGAGAAGUCAUUGCUCCAUUUGUCGCCUUCGGUGAUUUGCAGGCUGCGAAGGUGAACAGGACUCUGGUGGAAUAUUGGCUUAGAAAUGAACGCUUCCCCACGGAAUUAGGAUGGAGCAAGCAAACCCAAUCUAUAACUCUAGAGGUCAUAUCGAACUUGGUAUCAAUCCUCGACAAUGCUACUAGCCUCAUCACGACAGCUACGCCAAUAGUCUCGCGACGUAGGGAUCUCCACAUGGGAUUUGGUUUUUAGAUG